AUGAAGCUAUUCAUGAGAUCACCAACACAGUUAACCGUCUUCCUCCGAUUGUUAGUAAUAUGGGAUUACCAAUACAGAAAGCAGUACCAUCUUUACCAUCUCGAGGAUGACGAGGGCGUUAAGCUUGCCGAAAGGCGAACUGGCAAUACCGCUUCGGAGUCCGAUAGGAUCAUUGGAGCUGAGCAAGCAUCGAGAAAGCAUGGGACCAAUGAGCCCGCUACUCUGACUUCGAAAUGGGGUCUGUGGGCCCUUCUCAAAGAUGGGGGCGAAAUUCCUUUGGAGGGCAUCAGACGCGCUUUAGAAUCUGACUACAGUAGUCUUCCCAUUGGGAAUCUUUACCCUAGUCGGAUAUGCUUUGUCACAGCCAAAGGAAGCUCUAAAUCACUGCACUGGAAUGUGAGUCUGAGACUACUACCUCAGCGAAAGAUGUUCUAUCAGUUCAAUCUGUGA